AAAGAGAACCCAGUUAAGCAAAUGAAACAAAAAUAUUAUACUGGGUCAUUUAUUUAUUGAGGAAAAUGAUCCAAUAUUACAUAUCUGUGAGUGGCAAAAGUAUGUGAACCUUUGCUUUCAGUAUCUGGUGUGACCCCCUUGUGCAGCAAUAACUGCAACUCAACAUUUCCUGAAACUGUUGAUCAGUCCUGCACACCGGCUUGGAGGAAUUUUAGCCCGUUCCUCCGUACAGAACAGCUUCAACUCUGGGAUGUUGGUGGGUUUCCUCACAUGAACUGCUCGCUUCAGGUCCUUCCACAACAUUUCGAUUGGAUUAAGGUCAGGACUUUGACUUGGCCAUUCCAAAACAUUAACUUCUUUAACCAUUCUUUGGUAGAAUGACUUGUGUGCUUAGGGUCGUUGUCUUGCUGCAUGACCCACCUUCUCUUGAGAUUCAGUUCAUGGACAGAUGUCCUGACAUUUUCCUUUAGAAUUCGUUAGUGUAAUUCAGAAUUCAUUGUUCUAUCAAUGACGGCAAUCCAUCCUGGACCAGAUGCAGCAAAACAGGCCCAAACUAUGAUACUACCACCACCAUGUUUCACAGAUGGGAUAAGGUUCUUAUGCUGGAAUGCAGUGUUUUCCUUUCUCCAAACAUAACGCUUCUCAUUUAAACCAAAAAGUUCUAUUUUGGUCUCAUCCGUCCACAAAACAUUUUCCCAAUAGCCUUCUGGCUUGUCCACGUGAUCUUUAGCAAACUGCAGAUGAGCAGCAAUGUUCUUUUUAGACAGCAGUGGCUUUCUCCUUGCAAUCCUACCAUGCACACCAUUGUUGUUCAGUGUUCUCCUGAUGGUGGACUCAUGAACAUUAACAUCAGCCAAUGUGAGAGAGGCCUUCAGUUGCUUAGAAGUUACCCUGGGGUCCUUUGUGACCUCGCCAACUAUUACACACCUUGCUCUUGGAAUGAUCUUUGUUGGUUGACCAUUCCUGGGGAGGAUAACAAUGGUCUUGAAUUUCCUAUUUUUGUCUCAUUUCUUUAACUGGGUUCUCUUUAUCUACUUUUAGGACUUGUGUGAAAAUCUGAUGAUGUUUUAGGUCAUAUUUGUGCAGAAAUAUAGAAAAUUCUAAAGCACCACAAACUUUCAAGCACCACUGUAUGUAGACAUUAGCUAACAUGAUAGAACUGAAGAGAAAGGUUUCAGAAAUUGCGUUGACAGUGAGGUCAACUAGUACAGGGUUGUUGUUUUUUAAAUAUAUACACAAAAGGAGGUGUGUAUAUAUAACGUAAAAAAAAAAAGUUGGGCAAGUCUGAGACAUUAGUGUUGUAUGAGAAGACAGGAUUCCCGGUGGUUUCUGAAAAAUAUUCUCCACUUUUUUUCUUGAAAAAACAAGUCAGAUGAGUAUUCUUAACUUUUUUUUUUUUUUAAACUUGCUUAUCAAAGUGGACUUACACAUUUAUACCAACCAAACUGGCACAACUCAUUUGUACAGAGACAGCUAGGCGUCUCUAUUACAUAUAAAAUUUGGGCGAUGGUCGCUAGAUGGCGCUGUUGCCUGAUUUGACCUCGAUUCUGAUCAUGGCACCACUGUACUGCAGGCUUUCGUGUGUGAUUUGCCUGUUCUAUUGCAGAUCUGUAGUUAACAGCCGUAUUGGUAAUAUUCUAAUUCCAGCUACUGUAUUGUUCAGUAUUAUGCAUUUUUUGUUGUGUGACAAAAUUAAUUAUUAUACAUACGGGCCACUUCUUCCAUGAGAUAAAAACAUGUAUUCUAUUCCCUUCUAGUGGGUUUAUUGAUGGCACACGAUGAUAUCGCAUCGCUUAUCCUCCAUGUAUUACGCCACACUCCCCAAUGGAGAAUGAGCAUGCAAUAUUGUUAUGAUAUUGCACGUUGUCAAGAAAACACAUCACGCAUCAGAGCUCUUGUGAAGACCCAAGGACAACUUUUCAGCUGCACACAAUCAUUUCUUUGUCAGUUAGGAGAGAGAGAUGAUGAGGCUAAUCCGGUGCUAGGUUUAAGCACUAAAUAAAUAAACUGACAUUAAAGACGUGCUGAACACCCGAAAGGCUCCCAAAACUUCAUUCUAUAUUCUUCACACACGUUUAGAAGAGAAAAACAGACAUCGAAAAACUGGAAAAUAAACACAUUGGAGAUGUAAAACGUCCGCGCUAGAGCGUGACUGUGACAGUUUGUAAACAAACAUGGCCGCGAGGUUUGCUUCGUUAAAAGCGGAAGAUUUUGAGAGAAUUUUGGCUGCCAGGUCGCUCCAGUGUGUGUAAUUGUCGAUGUUGAUUUUAAUAGUAAUCAAGUAAAUUAUACAGGGAAAAUGAUAUUUGUCUUGACUGCGCUAGCAUUGGCCUGUGCGAGCACUGGCCUUCACUAACACUACAUCAGUUAGAAUGUAACUGGACUAAGGCUCUAAUAGCACCAAGUCGUGGGUAAGCUUGCGUUGGCCUUCGCUAACGCUACUGCUACGCCAGCUGGAAGCUACCUGGGUUGCCAUGUCAACAGCACCGAGUCGGGGGCAAGCUCGCGUUGGCCUUUGUAACGCUACUGCCACGCCGGCUGGAAGCUAACUGGAUUGCCGCACAAACAGCACCAAGUCGUGGGGCAUCUCUUGCGUGGAUUUCUAUGUGAAGAAGAAUGGCCGAAUAUCAGGUGGUGACGAGAGACUGCAAGCUGGAGCAGUUUAUCGCCUCGAGCCUCGCUUAUGUGGUGGCAAAGGAGAAUGGCGGAGUGGCUGAAGAAGCAGGCCGACCGUAAAGCAGAGAAGGGGCAGCGACGUUUGAAGCGGAUUCGGAAGCAACUGGCCGAGCCCAAACACGAGUUCGAUUUCGCUGAAUAUGAGCGGGAGUGUGAGGAGAGGUCCAAAAGGAUGGAGACGGCUGUGUGUAAAGGCCUGCAGGCUGAGGCAGAAAGGAAGCAACAGCUUAAAUGUCCACCUGCAAUCUAUGGAAGAUACUUUUGGUACGGCCUGGAGAAAUUAAGAGAGCAGCUUGGUUCGGGUGAAGAUAGUGAUGAGAGCGAAGGUGAAGCUUCCUCCUCCUCUUCAGGCGCUGGUCCUUCAUGCAGCUCUCAGUCAACUGCAGUACCAACAACAGCAACUAGAGAGCAGGAGAAAGCGGAGUCUCAGGACCAAAGCAGCAGUUCAGUGCCCUGCUCCCCGUCUCCCAGCCAGGAGGAAGUAGAAGAGACAGAGGAAUAUGGACACUUGGAGCUCAAUGAUAAAGAAGAGAACAAGCAAAACAUCAGCAAUCAACAGGAAGCUGAGAAGGAAGUAACUGUCGAGGUGAAAGAUUGCACCAACACACAGCCAGUUCAGCCAGAGAAAGCGGAUGCUGCAUUCGACCUGCUGUCUGUGAGCAGUGUGGAGGAGCUGGAGGCUCUGGGUCUGAUGCGGCUGAAGGCCUAGCUGAUGAAGCAAGGGUUGAAGUGUGGAGGGACGCUGCAAGAGCGAGCUGCUAACCUCUACUCCGUCAGAGGACUGAGCACUGAUCAGAUCAACCCGAAGCUCUUACCCAAACCCUGCAAACGCAAGAGGAAAGAAAAACACCAAGAUGCACAGAUUUUUUUUUUAUUCCCUUUUUUAUGGGGUAAAACGUAAAGUCACUGCCAUCUUGUUCACGUUACAAAUGGAAAGGAUGCUUUCAGUUUGAUAAUGCAAUUAGGUGCCUUUAUGCCAAUACAGCAUUGUCAGAAUUCACUUUAUAAUUUCAUGCAAGAGUCAUUUGAAUGUUUCAGUGAAAUAAUUUAAAAUGGAAUGGUUCCU